AUGCUGACUACAGCUCGAGGUGUCACGUUAGGCCUAGGUAAGAUCAACCUAGGCCAGCUGGAAAACCAGGCUAGACAACGUGCUGCUUUCUCAAAUCUGAAGCGCAAUUCAACCGUUAGUGAAGAGCCUGUAAAGCCCAGAUUUAUGGUCAAGAAGCACGUUGACCGAAAAUCAAAGAAUUUUGAGCAGGAAAAAUGA